AUGAAAAUAACUGAACCAAAGACUCCAUACGCCAAGACUUACGACCCUCUAGAAGACGCUGAGGAAAUUAAGCGAAUUGAGGCUGAAGAGGCCGCUGGACGAGCCGAAGGUGCCAUAGCAGAGGAUGAUAUCCCUGUUCAGCUACUCGACGCCAAUAAGCUUGAUGUUGAUGAGUUAGACAAGGCUAAAGGAAAGGAUCACUCUGGUGGAUCUGGCCCGGAACUCAUCGGCAAGAAGCCUAGAGGGCUUUUCCAAGAUGAUGAGAUACCUGGGUUAGACAUUGGUGAGCCAGAGGAAGAUUUGGAUACAUUGAAACAUAAAAACUUGAGUGGAAAGCAAGUAGUACUGGAGGACGACGGGAAACAUGGAGGAGAUGAUCGAGAAGACGAAGAUGGCGAGGUUGAAGGAGAAGGCGAGGGGUCCGAAGCCAAGAAACAUAAGGAAUUCAUGGAGAUGAGGAAGAGACAUUAUGAAAUGAAAGACGUCAAGGGGUUGCUCGGACAUCCUGAGGAUAUAGAUGUGGACGAUGAGGAUGAUGAUGGUGACGUCAAGCUAAAAGAUGCUCCGGACGGCAGAUAA